UCAUGUUCGGUGAAAUGUGAACGGUUUUCAGCCAAGGAAAAUUUUCACACGUACCAACAUGGCACACGUGUGUGAGGUGUAGGGAUAUCCAUCAGUGCAUUCGGAUCCACGACAUGCGACUCGGCUUGAGUCAGGCUGGUGCGCGCAUUUGGUGAGCCGGAGAGAAUCGCGCAUGGACCAUUGAUCAAUCAUUACAUUUACCGUACAUUCUUUCAUACACGUGUGUGGACCACCUGAUGGAUGGACCAACCUGAUUUUGAACCUGGCCGAGUACGGAGGCAUGUGUUGCCUGAUGAACGGUCUGGAUCUCACGCACACGUGUCAUGUUGGUACAUGUGGGGCGAGUCCCCGUUGGAAGGUAAGGUAUUGACCGGCUCUAACUUACGCCAGGGGGUUAGACCAAGACGACGACUUUCGAGAGAGCAAGUCCACCACACCCCCCCCUUCCCAAGUUGGGGGCAGUUUAACAAACCUCUCUCUUCUCCCAUUUAAUAAACACCGACUUUCUGGUGUGAGUUUGUCACAAACUACCAUUACGCAAUACCUGCAGAUCAAUCUAGACCAUCAAAAUUUGGGACCCGUUGCAUAGGGUGGAAAUGGGCCAGGCUGGCCAGGGUUAGCCCUGGCCCUACAGGACCGUCCCUGACUGAAAAACAACGUAGUGAUCAAAGGUUUGGAAUUGUCUCUGAAGUUGGAACCAUCUACUCUACUGUAUAAUGGUGGCCCACUCAAUAAUUAAUCCAGGCCAUUCAUCAUUGGCCCAGAUGAUCUUAAACCAUCUUAACCGUUUAUUUCCUUUUUAACCCUUCAACUGAUGACCACAAAUUUAACGAUCAACAUCAUCCUACGAUCUCAACUAUCAGGCUAUCUCAAUCGGUAGCAGUCUCCACAAUUCUGACGGUCUGGAUCAGAUCAUCGAUGUACAUCAGUCAUGCAGCAUGUACAAUGCAUAAGCUGCCACAAGUUAGUAGUAUGUGGUUAACGCAUACUAAAGCAAAAAGAAAUCCAUGCACUCGUUCAACUCACCUCUUUCUCUACACUAACGUAUUUAUUUAAUUAACUCAAAACUCCAAAUCUCAUUUCGUUCUUCUGAUUCCAUGGGGAAGUACGUUGCAUGCUGGGCCCGAGCCUUCGCUGGAAAAGUCAUACUUCCCGACGGCUCGGUCCAUGAAUUCGACAGCCCGCUGACCGUCGCAGAGCUAAUGCUCGACCACCCACAACACUUUGUGGCCGAAUUCCGCUCCAUUGUGGCCGGAAACAAGCCCGCCCCAUUGCCGGCCGAUCAGACGCUCAAGCUGGAGAAGGUCUAUGUGAUGGUCCCACAGAAGGGAGGGAGGGCCGUGGCACUAUCGGCUGACGAAACUCGUAGGAUCCUAUCGAAGGCGAGUUCAGUCCUGCGGUUCGGCUGGUUUCCAAGCCAAGUCAGGAUCCUUCCCCUGCUGAGAUGGAUGUGUCCGGUGAGCGUUCGAAAAGGAGAGGAGUUUGUAUUGGAUAAAAAGGCUGGUCCGGUGGAGAAUGCGGAAAGGAGCGGUGGGCGACAGUCGCUGACCGACGGCAUCGAAGGGAGGGUAGAGUAUUUGAACAGACAAAUUUCAGGCAAAGCAUGGAAGCCUACUCUGGAUACCAUUAAGGAAACUGGGGCUGAGAAGAAGGUACCUCAUUGGCUGUUUUAGAAGGUAAGGAUUCGACGGUUGAGAUGCCGGACCUCCGACACAUACGCAUUAGAUUAGCAUAGAUACUGAAUUACGUAUGAGAGGGAUUCAUAUGAGGUUAUAUGUAUAAACAGGCAUAUUUAUCACUUUGUGAGAUGGUUAGUUUUGAUGUGUGAAAAUAAUCAAUCUAAAAGAAUAGCCGAUUCUGACUGAGUUAGAUGCGUCUCAUCUGAGUUGACUCGGUCUCAGUUGAGUUUGAUCUGGUUGGGGACCACGAGUUGGCAUCAGAAAUAGAGCAGUACACAAACCAAGUUAGCUCGGUUAACUCACAUGGCUCAACUCGGAA